AGCUUCUGUACCAAAGCCUAAGGGUACAGGGCAAAGCCUUGAAAGCAUUCCUUCGCUGGCUUUCUGGCUUGCUCCUACCUGCACGCUGCACUGUAAACGAGCGACUUGUACCCUUAGCCUAAACGUGUGUUGCUGACGUCUGUCAAUAACUGGUUGUGCUUGGUAUAGCGGCUCUGUGCCGCACCCCGGAACAUGGAGCGGUUUCAGGUUAUCCAGUCGCUUGGAAGCGGAAGCUUUGGCACGGUUCGUCUGGUAAAGGACACAUUGACAGAAAAGCUUCUCGCCAUGAAAGUACUAAAUCGGCGCGAUGCCAGCAAAUACGUGGAAGCAGAAAUUGUCAACCACAGCUUGCUGCGGCACCCCCACAUCGUGCACUUUCGCGAGGUGUUCCUUACAGACGAGCACUUGUGUAUCGUCAUGGAAUACGCGAACGGCGGCAGCUUGUUUAACAUGGUCCGGACCCAACGCCGUGUCAAGGAAAGCAUGGCUCGGUGGUUUUUCCAACAACUUAUCUUGGCCGUGGACUACUGCCACAAGCGUGGCGUUGCAAACCGCGACAUUAAGCUUGAAAACUUGCUCUUACACCUGGAGGAGGGGCUGCCGCACCCGCUGUUGAAGAUGUGCGAUUUCGGGUACAGCAAAGCGGACUUCAGGUCGGCAGCCAAGAGCCAGGUCGGCACGCUCAGCUACAUGGCCCCGGAGGUGAUGAAGAGCUGCGGGAAGUACUAUGACGCCAAGACAGCGGACGUGUGGAGCUGCGGUGUGGUGCUGUACGUGAUGCUGUACGGCAUCUACCCCUUUGACAACCAGGGCGAGGACGCGGGGCUCAGCGAGGCGCAGAAGGUGCGCAAGAUGUUGGAGCGCAUGGAGGGCGAGGCGUAUGUGCUGAACCCCCAGGUGGCCGUCACGGAGGAGUGCAUCGACAUGCUGCGGGGGCUGCUCAAGCCGGCGCCCGAGCAGCGCUUCUCCAUCGACCGCAUCAUGGAGCACCCCUGGUUCAACAAGAAGCUGCCGCCGCAGGCCCGCGAGAUGAACGUCUACUACCUGAACCUGCCCGUGCCUCCGGAGUACCAGCGGCCCGAGCAGAUUAAGAGCCUGCUGGAGGAGGCUCGUGCGGUGGGCGCGCGGUGAUGUCCUGGGCGAGGAUGGCGUGGGGACUGCCCGCUUGCCGGCUGGGGUAAAGAGGCUGGGUAGGACCAGGGUGCGGGGUGUCAGCUGGUCAAGAAAGGGGCUUACAUGGUGAUAUGUUGGGUGCGGUUGGGCGUUGAUGGCGUUUGGGGUGAAAUCCCUGGCGUGUGUGCGGCGGAUAAGGGCCGGGGUAAGCGUUGGGGGUAAAGGUCACGGGGGGGCGGGGCUAGGGGUUGCGGGCCGUGGCCGGCUUACAUGCAUGGCAUGACAUGGAUCAGGCUCGGAAAAAGCAAGAAGUGUUGGUGGGUUAAUGCCGCUGAACGUGUGGAUCUGGAUGUGCGCAGGUGUGUUGGAUCUACCUGGUUUCUCCACGACCUCCUGUACCUCUUGUAGUUGCGAUAACUCGAUGCUGGGUUUGCACUGUGUGGGAACUUGCGAGCGCUAACGGGUUGAUGCGUUGAACGUAUAGUGUGUUUGUUGGGCUGUGGGUAAUGCGAAGGGAGCGGUGCCCUGGCUCUGCGUUGAGAAUGCGCGGGGCAGGAUGAGGGGAUCAGGAUGUCAUUUUUGUCAAGUGUUGGUGACCAGAGUAUACAAAAAAGGAGUUCUUACAACAGAUGGUGCGGUGAAUGGUCUCGAAUAGCACCCCGUAUACCGUGACCGCGGUUGCGGGAUCAUGGAACGCUGGUAGGGAGCAGCACUGUCUUUUGUCUCUGCAGCGAUUGCCGAGCUGAGAAACGGGGCCUCGAGAAGCUGGUUGGUACGGCAGGCUAGUACGACAGGAGAGGUUGACUUGUCUCAUGAACAGCUGACGAAAAUGGCGGAGGAAUCCAAAGUACUUGAGUAGUAAUACUCGCAACACGCUAGCUCACUUGGCUCCAUCCGAGCCUCGUUCUUGCAGGACGUAAGCGUGUCUCUUUCGACGGGGGUUUACUUUGUGCAGGAUGCAAGCGCGUGUGCAGGAUUGACUUAGCCUCGUGUGCGUUCGUGUUACAAUUAAGCAAUUAAGCAGCUUGUGCGCGUGUCUUAGUAGCACGUAGCAGGUAUGUGUGCCUUGAUGAGUAGGCGCUUAGUGUGCAGUUGGCCGAUGUCUUGUCUUGAACUCUUGACCGUGCGGGGUAGUUGUUGCCCUUGGGCUUGGAUGUCCGAGCGAGCGUUGGAACAAGUACGCGCGUUGCGUAGGGUAACGGUGCUGUGGUGUAGGAAGAAUGCCGCGGUGCCUGACGAACGAGCUAAUGGUAAACUGUGGUGGUGGCCAUGCGGGCUCUCUGCUGGCAUUAUGCUCCUGCAUGUGCACGCAGCGCAUACUCCCAGU